AUGAAUCCUGAAUAUGACUACUUGUUCAAGCUUCUUCUCAUCGGUGACUCUGGAGUUGGAAAGUCAUGCCUGCUGCUGCGCUUUUCGGAUGACACCUACACCGAAAGCUACAUCUCUACCAUAGGGGUCGACUUCAAGAUCAGGACCAUUGACAUGGAUGGGAAAACUGUCAAGCUACAGAUUUGGGACACAGCAGGUCAAGAGAGGUUUCGAACCAUCACCUCCAGCUACUACAGAGGCGCUCACGGCAUCAUCAUUGUGUAUGAUGUCACUGAGCAGGAAUCCUUUAACAAUGUGAAGCAGUGGCUGGAUGAAAUAGAUCGUUACGCCUGUGAAAACGUCUCCAGGCUGCUGGUGGGAAACAAGUCUGACCUCGUUAGUAAGAAAGUGGUGGAUGCUGCCACUGCUCAGGACCUGGCUUCGUCCCUGAAGAUCCCGUUCUUGGAGACUAGUGCGAAGAGCUCUGAUAAUGUGGAGAGGGCGUUCCUUACCAUGGCCUCUGAGAUCCACAAACGUCUGGCCAGUGAAGGAGGGGGCAUGGAGGGCGAGUCAGCAGAGGCCAGGACCGCCAAGAUCAACAGCGCCCCCCUGUGGCUGGGAGGGGAAAAACAGACGCAGGAGGCCAAUAACUGCUGCUGAGGUGGAAACAUAAGCACAAAUAUUUAUUACUUGAUGAGACAGAUGUGUCAUUUGAAAAAGACCCAGCUGUCUGGUUUAAGGACUCAUUAACUGAGUG